GCCGGCGCUGGACAGUGGAGCGAACCAUCAAUGGCUGGGAGGUCAACAGAGCCUGGUCGACUGGAGGCCCAGCCACCCGCAAAUCGGCUCCCGCUGUGUUCCCCUGCUGCGCCCAGGCCAACGCACACCUCGGCGGGCUGCAGAUUCGGAACGCACCUGUCCACCUCUCCAGCCACACGAUAUUUAUCUGCCGUCCGACUGCCUAUCGACCGUGUCCCGGCCUGCUCUGCGCCGCGAACGCGCGAAAGCUCGACUGCGCAAAGACACGCUACUGGACUGGGUCCCCGGCUGAGCCUGACUUCCUGACGACGACGUGUUUGGUCCCUCGGCUGUCGGACGCAUCGAGAGAGCGCGUCGCCCGAUCCCCGGUCGUCUUCCCCUCCUCGAGCACGAGCCCCGACUGGAAUGCGAUGCUCUCUUCACCUCGAUAAAUGUCUUCGCCCUACGAUAACCGCGGCUCCUCCCGCCGCCACGGUGUGUGGUCCCAUUGGGUGCCCCUGGCCCUGACGGUGACGGUUGCGACCGUUGGCGUCGCCGCCUGGGUGUGGAGCCAGCGCAGCAGCGACGACGACGACGAGAGCGCACUCGCGUUGCAGCAGCAGCAGCAGCAGCAGCAGCAGCAGCAGCCGCCGCAGCAGCAUCCCCAGCAUACUGACAUCGACUACAACAAUGCCGACUACGGGGACAACCCGCCCUAUGGCGCCACCGACCGCGGCGUCGCUGGGCGCCAGGCCGGCGCCCCCCGCCCAUCGGGGGACGCGAAGCCCGGCGAGGAGAACUUCAACGCUGGGUGGGGUUCCCGCAUGUCGGGCGCGCUGCGACGCACCCCGAGCCCGCAGCAAUUCUUCGACAGCGCCGGCAAGACGGUCGCCGCGGGCAUGGCCGCUGCAGGUGCCGCCGUCGGGAGCGCGCUCGCCGCGAUCCGGGAGGAGGACAAGGGCGCCUACGCCGACCAUGAGACAUGGUCUGAGGAGGCCGACGCCAAGAAGAAGGUGACUUCGACUUCCCGCACCGCUGGUUCAGGUGGCGGCUCCUCGUCCAGCAAAAGGCGCAAGACGGUCGCCAUUGUGGUGUCGGCCGACACUAACCUUGACGACAUGGAGGCGGACGGGUUCGUCGAGCAUGCCUCAAUUCUGUCCCACAUUCCUAAAAACAUCAACUACUCCAAAAUCAAGCUCUUCGUCCUCAUCUACGCCCCGAGUCUGAAGGAUGCUGCGGUUGAGGCAUCAACCGGCGAGCUUCCGCCGGGGUCUUUGAGCUCGUCAUUCACAAACAUUGAUCACGCCCAGGCGCAAUCGCCCAAGGAUGAGAAGAGCCCCAUGUUUAACGCAUCAUCUUCCACCAACCCUGGAUUCAACGCCAUCUACUCACAGGCCCUGGCACUGGUUGAAAAGGAGACCAUGGUUCUGCCCUACACCAGCAGCACAGGACAUUCGCAUAUCCUACGACAUCUCCAGCCCGACGUCGUGUAUCUGCAGGAGUCGCUUUCUGGCGACAACGGGUCAGUCGUGACGCAGCUGCAGACGUGGCUGAGUAAGGACAUCAUCCUCGUUGUUGGCGCCGAGAGCGGUGACGGCGGCCUCGCCGACAGCGAGUCUGAGGCGGACAGGCCCAGUGAUGAGGUCACAAAGUGGUGGCAACGCGAAGAGCGCGUCGGCAGGGGCAGGGGCGUCAUCGUUGUCGACGGGAUGAGGGUUGGUGACGACUGGGGGCGUCGCGUCCAGGGUAGAGAGUAGGCGGCGAUGAUUGUGAAAAGGUUUCAGUCUCGUGGUCCCGUUUCAUCGCAGUCAACGGGAAGGUAUAUUCUACACAUGUCCUAUUCUUUUUGGCGGACUUUCGGGUAGGUUGGUAGGCAGGCAGGCUUUGGCUGGCCCAGGACGACGCUGAUGAGGUAUGCGGUCGUUACUUUUUUAUAGCCCCAUAGGUAGAGCUAUCUUUCUUGAAUCUGAAGAACGCGGGAUCCUUUUUUUAAAGGCAUCGCAUUGUGCAUUAGG